AGAUGAAAGAUUGCUGGGAAAGAGCACAUGAUGAGCUGCAAAAUGGCUACUAAGUUUGUUUUCCUCCUCACCUUCCUCUUUCUUGUUCUAGUAUUUGAACUUGGUUCUGCACGUCUCACAUCAGGGGUUAUUCCGGCAUUGCCUAAAGAAGAAGUGUCUGCUCUCAAUGCGGUGAUGGACUCGAAAUCUUACAAUUAUUGCAACGAUACUGAAUUGAUGCAUGAAAAUUUAUUUGUUGUGUGCAACUGUAGCUAUGAGAAGAACACAGUUUGUCACGUCACAAAGAUAAGUAUCCUAAACGCAGACUUAAACAUCGCAACUAUCAAUGGAGAAGUGGGUAAACUCAAAUUUUUGGAGAGCAUAACUAUUAAAGGCACUAAGUUAUCCGGGUCCAUACCAAACGACUUGGGGAAUCUGUCGGCUUUGAAAUACUUAGUUCUUUCACGCAACUCGUUAAAUGGAUCCAUCCCAGAGAGUCUGGGACAACUGCGAGCUUUGGAAGUACUCGAUUUGUACAACAACUUUCUAACAGGCUCUAUUCCUUCUUCUUUGGCAAAUUUGUUUUCCCUCGAAAGUUUGGACUUAAGUUACAAUUUAUUAUCAGGUCAAAUUCCUCAGGCGUUGGGCAAUCUCUCUAAUCUGCGCGGAAUGUACUUAUUUCAGAAUAAUCUUAGCGGUAAUAUUCCACCAGAACUUGGAAGCUUGAGCAGGCUUGACACUCUGUUUACUGGAAAGCUGCCAGAAAAUUAUGCCAAUCUUACAUCUCGCAGACUUGUAGUUCAAUAGCUGGAAACAGUUUCACUGGCAAUAUACCUAAGUUCUUUGCAAAAUGGACCAAUCUCGAAGAUCUGAUUCUUACUGGAAAUGAUUUUGAGGGGAAGCUGCCUUUGGAAAUUUUUAAUUUAUCAAAUCUUACUUCUUUGAAGAUUAGUGAUCUAAGGAAUUCUGGUUUCUCUUUUCCAAAAUAUGCAAAUAUGACAAAACUAAAGAC